AUGUCAGACAACAGUAUUAUACAGUCGACAAAUCCCAGUCCACUAGCAAAUGCAUCGUUCUCUGAAGUAUUGGACGAACUAGCAACACAUUGCCCAUUGCUUAGACAAUGGUCGAAUGAGACAGAAAAGGCAUUCGCAGCUUUCUUGGAAUAUAAAACAAGAGUGCCCGUCUGCGGGGCCGUUAUCCUGAAUGCAAAUACAGAUAAGGUUCUCCUUGUCAAGGGAUGGACAUCAAAGUCGGGAUGGGGCUUCCCUAAGGGAAAAAUAAACAAAGAUGAACUAGAUGCUGCAUGUGCCGUUCGCGAGGUGUUUGAAGAGACAGGUUACGAUAUCGCAGACCUAAUAAAAGAAGAGGACUAUAUAGAAUUAACAAUUAGGGAGCAAAGAGUGCGGCUAUAUAUUGUCGUUGGAGUACCGGAAGAUGCGAGUUUUGCUCCAAUUACAAGAAAGGAGAUUAGUAGGGUAGAGUGGCAUUAUCUGUCAGAUCUACCGACCUGGGGACGAAAUAAGCCAAGUCAAAAUAAGCAAGGAACUCGUCAAUAUUAUAUGGUUGUACCAUUUGUAAGUAAAAUCAGAUCCUGGCUUGCAAGAAUGAGGAAAGUUGUCGAGGAUUCAGGAUUAUCCGAAGAACAAGCAGAGACGUCAGAGGUAUCCGAUACUGACGUACCCAGAUAUACCUACAGAGGUACAGUUGCCACCUCUUCAUCCGUCAACGGACGACACAUAACAGCCCCGAGACCUGUUGCGGCAACAGCAAACGCCGCAAUAGCAGCACUCGCUUCCUCCAACUCGACAUCCACGUACUCGGAACAGCAAAGACGUAGCUCUCUUCUUAGUCUAUUUCAACAAGAUGCUAGGCAUCACUCACCGCCGCCCCCAAACACUACUCAGUGGCAGUCUGAGAAUCCGGCAGUCAGCUACAGUUCAUCGGAUAGAAGCACGUCAUUGCUAAAUUUGCUCGAAGGAGGCAUCAGCUCGUCUUCAUCUCAAAGAUCACGACAAGAUAGUGGGACAUCUCAUUCAUUGACCGAUGGAGGUUCCCUUUCUAGUCUCUACCAGGACCUGCUUACAUCUACCGGUCUAACAACAGAUGCCAAAUUAUCCUUUCUCAGCAAUCGUUCGGUUAAUGGACACCUAGUUCAGUCAGAUACUUCUUCGAUUAACACAGGAUCAACUGACUUUUCGCUUGAUGGAUAUAAUCCUGCAGACGUAUAUCCUCUUCAAGGGGCUUACGGACUGAUCCAUGUAAGGGGAAAUGAUACAUUUGCUGUGACUGGUGUAGGAAUGAAAGUAGGUGAGAGUCAGAGUCCGUGGUUAAAUUUCCGGUUCGAUACGGAUAAGAUUCUUGCAGCCAUGAACAGAGCGUCAAAUAGCAUAAAGUAG